CAUUGGCAGAAAUAAUAAUAAUAAUAAUGAUGAAAAUAUUGGGAAAUCUGUCUUUUAUUAUGACGUGUGUUUGUGCAUGUGUGGUCAUUUUCUUCUCGAGGCUGUGCGUCGAGUUUCGCUUUAAGCCAUUUAAAGGAACGCAGUACACGAGAUUGGAAAAUGAGAAUGAUGUUUUUGCACAUUUUGCGAGCCGAGCCGAGCCGAGCCGAGCCGCGGUGAAUGACAUCCCCGCCAUAGCCAAUCACUGCUUCAGCAUUGGGCCUCUCUUGCCAGGCUAGAUCUCCAACACUCACAAAUGUGUGCGUACGUAGGUGUGUGUUUUCAGCUAACACAACAUCACCUGCUGGAGCUUAGCCUUUGAAGUCAGCACACGUGAUGUGAAAAAUAAUAAUCAGUCACAAGCACAAUAUUAGGACGACUAAUAGGAAUAUUUCAGCUUUCCUGGGAAUCCGGAAUGCAGACCUGCUCCGCCAAACUGGGAUUGACGAAUCAGCACAAACAUUCUGCUAAAAGAACUCAACUCCUGCACACCCAAAAAUCAUCUUUCCCCAUUGAAUGGGAUGGGAAUGCCUUUCCUCUGGUCUAGUCUUCCCAAAGGGAAGAAAAAUGAAUGGUUUUCAAGAAUGCAAGUUGUAGAAAGUUGUCUGUAGAGCAAUAUUUCUAUCUCUGGAUGUGGGCCGCCUUGUUGAACAUUCCAGUUGAAGGGCUAAUGAACAUUGCAUCUUCCUAAGUCCUGUUUAUUUGGAAGGCUUGAAUAAAAUGUGCAGAUCAAAGAACCUGCAUGAUGCCUAAUUGACUGUACAUACAUUGAGGAUGUGUUGCGGUGUUUGUACAGAAUACUUGGAUUCUCAGUGAGAUGAUGAUGAUGAUGAUGAUGAUGAUGAUGAUGAUGAUGAUGAUGAUGAUGAUGAUGAUGAUGAUGGCAAAAGAAGAGCCCUAAAAGAAUCAACAUGCUAAUAGAAGCACGACGGUAUAACAAAUCAUAAGGCUACAUUUGGAUCGUUUUAAACCCCCAAAGAUCCCCACAAUGUUUCGGUUCCAAAUAUAAAUAGGUCUUGAGGAUAUCAAUAAAGUACGUUGGAAAUGUGGACCUAUUGUUCUGUCGUUAUUCGGCGUAUGGUUGCUAUGGAGAGUGUCCACCAAAAAAAUAGUCGCGUCGUGUAGCUUGCGUGUGUUGAUUUGCCAUCAUGAGUGACGGACAGUUGUGCUAACCAGUAGAAUAUCGCCAAGCUUGACCAUGGCCAAUAAGAAGAAAGGAAGCUAGCUAGCAGUUCGCUUGAACGCAAGCCAAGCAAUGCAGUAAGCCGAGCAACAAGAGGCGACGUCAGCUCGGAAGAAAAUAGCUCAUGACGAGCCAGUAUGAAGUGCCACUCCUUACGUUAACAUGGACAAGUAUGACAAGGUGAAGAAAAUUGGGGAAGGUUCAUUUGGAAAGGCUGUCCUUGUCAAAGCCAAGAAGGAUGGGCACCAAUAUGUCAUCAAAGAAGUCAGCAUAUCUGGGAUGUCAGAUAGAGAGCGACAGGAAUCUCGUAAAGAAGUUGCAGUUCUUGCAAACAUGAGUCAUCCAAACAUUGUCCAGUAUAAAGAGUCUUUUGAAGAAGGGGGCUGUCUGUAUAUUGUUAUGGACUACUGUGAGGGUGGCGAUCUCUUUAAGAAGAUUAAUUCUCAGAGAGGAGUGCUUUUCCCAGAGGAGCAAAUUCUCGAUUGGUUUGUGCAGAUAUGCUUAGCCCUGAAACACAUCCAUGAUCGAAAGAUCCUUCACAGGGACAUCAAAUCACAGAACAUAUUUUUGACAAAAGAUGGCACUGUGCAACUCGGCGACUUUGGGAUUGCAAGGGUGCUCAAUAGCACGGUAGAACUUGCGAGAACGUGUAUCGGAACGCCUUAUUACCUUUCACCGGAGAUCUGUGAAAAUAAACCGUACAACAACAAAAGUGAUAUUUGGGCCCUGGGCUGUGUCCUAUAUGAGAUGUGCACACUUAAACAUGCUUUUGAGGCUGGAAAUAUGAAGAACCUGGUCCUGAAGAUCAUCCGUGGCUCAUACCAUCCUGUGUCUGUUCAUUACUCCCAAGAACUGCGCACUCUUUUGGCCCAGCUUUUUCAACACAACCCUCGAGAAAGACCUUCAGUCGGCGGCAUACUGGACAAAGCUUUCCUCUCUUGCAGAAUCCAAAAGUUCCUCACCCCAAAGGUUAUUGCUCAGGAAUUCCGCCACGCUUUCGUUCGCAAGCAGCCUAAAGUAGGCGUCCAUCAGGGCUCGGCAGCCAAGCAUCCUGCCCAUGCUUCCAUAGCAACAGCAGCAACCUCUGCGGGCAAAAUUACCAAACCAGCAUGCAAAUAUGGAGUGCCUUUAACUGCCAAGAAGGUGUCGGGAACAAUCAAAGCCAAAGACAGGAGGACGGCUAUUAAACAUAAAGCGGCACCGGCCUCCGUCCACCGAAGAGUAAGUCAAGGGGAAGAAGAGAGACGCAAACAGGAGUUGAUCCGAAAGAGAAGGAUGGAGUUGAUUGAUAAAGAAAAGAAACAGCAAGAGCAGAUGUUGUUGAAAGCCGAGCAGAUGAAGCGCUACGAAAGAGAAAAGAUGAGUCGCAUUAACUAUGCCAGGGAGCGAGGCUGGAAAAAUGACAUGAUGUCAAGUAUUGGAAGCCCAGAGAGGAAGUGUUAUUUAGGUGGUGGAAAAAAGGCUGGUGCAGGUGCAAGCGCUACUCUGAGUAGAAAUCCUUAUGAAAAGUACCACGCCGCCCUCGAUCAAAUGGCUCAACGACAUUCGAUCGGCGGGGAGGGAUCGGCCGGACCGGGCUCCCCCGUUCGGGGUGUCCCGGCCGCUGCCGGCCCCGUGCUUCCCGAUGGCCGCGGCCCGUUCGUCAACCCCGACGCAGUCAAAAAAGAACUACAGAGACUGCAGGACGUUUCCAAACAAGCCCAUAUGAGCAGGCUGAGGACUCCUAUUGCUGUCGAGCGAGCGUAUCAGGUUGAGGAGUUUUUACAGCGUAAAAGAGAAGCCGUGCUCAACAAAGUCCGGGCCGAAGGGCAAUUGGGUACUGGUCAAUACGGGGCGCUAAUCUGUGGAGCCCAAGUUGGUUCGGCUCGUUUAACGAGGCCCAGAGUCAACAAAGAGGAGGAGGAAUACUUAACGAGGCUCAGGCAGAUCCGCUUGCAGAAUUUCAAUGAGCGCCAGCAGAUCAAAGCUCGACUUAGAGGAGAAAAGUACGAUAGCGACGGUUCAGACAGUCAGGAGUCGACCGAAGAGGCGGAACUCAGGCGCAAAAAGAUAGUGGCUUUUAAAGCCCAAGCUAAUGCCCGUGCCGCUGUAUUGAAAGAGCAGUUAGAAAGGAAGCGACGAGAGGCUAAUGAAAGGGAAAAGAAGGCCUGGGAUGACCAUUUUGCAGCUCAGGAAGACUUCACAUCGAUGACCUCGCAAGCCACCACUGUCAAAAGUUCGGUCCUGCCAGAAUCUCAAGCUCCCGUUAUACCCAUGACUGUCGCCCUGAAGAAUGUCGGAGCGAUGACUCUGUUAAAAGAGAACCUGCCUGGCACAGAUGCUGUCAUGGGCGUUCAGAGUGAGAAGAAGCAGAUCUUGAAUAGACUGAAUGAGAAUUUCAAAGCUCAGAGCCCUGCGGAUGAAGUGCUGGAGUCACCAGCGGCUACAGCCACAGAGCAAACUUCGCCUUUCCAGCAGAAAGUGCCUGACGUAGAAAAUCAUCAUUCCGUUGAAGAACAAAAGAAGCGGGAUCCGCCGCAAGCACCUGUACUUCAACCAACCUCGGAGGAUUUGUGUGCAGCUGCAUCCUUGUCUCCAGCCGCUGGUCCACCUUCUGGCGGAGACCGGAAGAAAUGGGAUGAGGGACUUCCAUUAGUUCUCUCUGUAGCCCAACAAACCCUAGAGGAGACAUGCAUCCCAACAAUAGAACAAACGGUGGGUGAGGUGAUACAGAUGGCUGAAGGUCAAAGGAAACUUUGGCAAAUGAGUCCAGACUGUCAGAUACUCAAAGUACUUCAUGAAGCAGAGGUUCAGCCGCUCACUCAGUCCUUGGAGACGCUCGGCGUAGAGGCCUUCCCGACCCCCGAUAAGCCAAAGCAGAUUGACGCAGAGCUUGCAAUGGCAAGGCCCCAAGAGGACGUGAGCUCCAAGGACAGGACGCCUCCCGUGGUUGAGGCCGAGGUACAGACUGAACGUAUUGCCUCCUAUCCAGAAAAUGUUAGUGACAUGGAAGGACACGUACAGGGUGCGUCAAGCACUGCUGAGAUCCAGGAUCAAGAUGUGGAAUUGAUGGUUUUGGAGGAGGUUCCUAAAGCAUCCCACAUUUCAGUGGGUCUGCUGCAUCACGCGUGGGAGAAGCAAGACCAACAGCCACUGUUAGCGAAGGACGAUCUAAAGCAAGGAGCGGCAGCAGGGAAGGAGGCUGAGGGAGAACUUGAUGGUCAUCAAAGGCUUUUGAUGACAUUUUACCUCCAGUAUAUCAUUUGCUCACUACUAAUGGGAAUCCACCCGUGGUCAUUGUUUACAGGUUUCUCAGAGCCCCUGUUUGUGAAAGCGUGCUCUCCAGCUCACAGACGCACGUCCGCUCUGGCCCUCCUCUCGGCUCAGGCUUCAGCGGACCAAUCCUCUUCCCUGGUAUCUCGCUCGCGCUCCGUCUCACCUCUGCACUCCAAGCAGCAGCGCGCUCUCCUGAUUGGACUCUCGACAGGCCUGUUUGACGCCAACAACCCCAAGAUGCUGCGGACGUGCUCACUGCCAGAUCUCAGUCGAGUCUUCAGCUCUGCGCGAGACUCUGGCGUUGCGAUGGAAGACUGCGUCGCACCAAACGCCAAUGACGAGGAUCAGGACCAAGCCAAAGACGACGAGCAGUCGGAGACAGAUGCAUACGAGGACGAAGACCUGCAGGACAUCAGGGCGUCCAUGGAGCGACUGCUGCAAGAAGAAAGUGACCUCAUGCGGAAACUGCCACAUGAUGGAAGAGGAGACUUUAAUGGAAAUGCUACAGUUCGCCGAGACCAAGACCUUUUCAACAGGAUCAUUGUACAACUUGAGCAGGGAAACGAUAAGAUGGCUGUUGGUGAAGAUGAUGAUGAUGAUGUGGAGGAAGAAGAAGAAGAUGAUGAUGAUGAAGAAUGCUCAAACGGAAGUGCCAUGGACGCAGGAGAGCUGCUCAGCAAUGGUGCGGGAGAAGAGAACCACACUGGCAAGCAACAACUUGAUGAAUGGCAGUCGGACAACAGUGAGGAGGAGCCGGAGGGACAGAGUGAGCUUUACGACAGCAUCUACAGUCGCUUGGAGGAGCAUCGCUUCAACUUGGAGCAGCAGAUGGGCUUUGAGAAGUUCAUUGAGACCUAUAAUCACAUCAAAGCAAUACGUGAUGAUGAAGAUGAUAAUAUCGAUCUGGGCUCCAGUUUGGCCUUUCGCAUUUUGGGGAAUGAGCACCAGCAUCUGUAUCCAAACAUCCUUCAUCUCGUGAUGGCAGAUGGCGCCUACCAAGAAGGCAAUGAUAAGCGUUCAGAGAAGUGGAGCCAGUGGCAAUCCUGACCAUUUGCUUUCUUCCUACAAAGUGUCAUGAUGUUCUAUAUAGUGUACAAUAAAGCUAGAAUGUUGCUUUGACUCUCUUUAGCUGAAAAUAUCUUGGUUUUACUUUGACAUGUUCUUGCUAAGCAAUGAGCCCCCCCCCCCCUUGCUCUUUGAAUGAAUGGAAUGUGGAUUUCAAUGAUUUGUAAAUAAAAGCUGUAACAUUUCA